AUGGCCUUCCUGGCUACUGAAGAUCGGUUUGGCCCGGACUUGAACCGAUACAGACAGGGUGAACCCAAUCCAUGUACUUACACGCCUGUGGAGCUGCCUGGUGGAAAAUACCUUAGCGGAAUGUUUGGAUAUCAUCGACCUGAGCAGCAUGAACGAUCGUCACAUUUCGUUGAAGCUGCGGCCUCCUCACCUGCAAUAGCCACAACUCUGAAAGCCUUGGAAGAAAACUCGCUGCAGCAUUUGCGUGAAAUUAGUGAACCAAAUGCCUGUUCGUACUCGCCAACAGUGGAAGGCCAAUUCCCUCGAGCCUACACGAUGAAGGAGAUCCUUGCGGAGCGCAAGCGGAUAGCAUUGCAGCAUCACAAAGUACGGAAUGAAGACAGAAUGACGGCUCAAGAGUUACACUUCGCUUUGGGCCCUGGCAGCUACGAAGUGGAUCGUGCUAGGAACCAAGAAAUGGGCGCCACUCCAUUCACCUUCACGCACGAAAAACGCCACGGGAUACUAGAAAAUAAUGCAGCUCUCGGACGUAAGGGAUGCAGUCCUGGACCAGGACUUUAUCGGUUUGAAAGCAGUACAGUCGAUCCUGCUGCUUCAACUGUGGCGAGCUCAGCAUUUCGAUCAAAACACGCAGCCGCAUUUAUCACGCGAGUACGUAGUGACAGUCAACUGCAUCAACAACAGCAAAAGGAUGCCGCAGUGUACUCGAAAGAGCUGGCAAAAUCGUAUCACCAACUCGGUGCAAGCGUCGAGCGUUUGGGAAAGCGUCUUGCAUCUCCUAAUCUUCGUGAACUAACGUUCCAGCGGUUUGGUAAGAAUGUCCCUGCGCUUGAAGCAUAUCGAAGAGGGCCAGGAAGCUAUGAGCCUUGUUACAAGACCAAUGAAGGCGAGAAUGGAAAAAGUGACGUUGCAAGUGACCUUUUUCCGCUAUCUCCGCUGCGACGCAAACAAACUAAUGCUUUCGGUAGCGUAGCUAGUCGAGAUUUGCUGACCUCGAUGGUCGCAGCGGGCCACGCCAGUGCCCACACCAUCGGACCUGGCAUCUAUGAUGCCUGCUCUUCCUCGUUCAUCUUGCCAACACACAACUUAACUUACAAGCAGGAGAUACAGCGAACAGACCCCAAGGCAAAGCCAAGAAGACGAAGAGCGAGCUCUGCAGACAGUGACGAAGACGAACAACCGAGGUUGACUCAGAAAGAGAUGUGGAAAGUCAUGAGGCAUGGACCGACAUUACCGUCAUAA